GAGUUAUCCAACAGCAAGCAAGACAUGGAUAAGUGGGCCACCGACAACUUCCUUUUCCCUCUUCAUUAUGCACAGAAGAUAUAUCAAUGCACUUAUAUCUUGUGCUUAAUGAUUCCAAAACAAGAAAGGGUUUAACAAAACAGAAUGACUUCCAGUUGUCUAUUUUCAUUGAACUUUUCUCCUAUCUUCUGCGCAACUAAAAAUUCUCCAUUUUCUUUCCAAUCUUACUUUCCCUCUGUUUCUCUUCAAUACUAUAAUAAGAAGAGAGAACUCAAGCUUCCUUCAGUAGCCCAAAUUCCAUACCAACCGAUAAACGUAGACUAUUUAGAAGAAGAGUUCAGUGGUGAUGGAGUCUCUUUUGAAGAUAUCGGUGCUAGCUGCUUAGCCAAAAUAGGAUUGGAGAAUGGAAGCACAGCAACCUUAAUGCUACCAAGUGGCUUGAUCACAUCAUACAAGGCACAUAUGUGGCAUGGCGGUACAGUUGAGCUGCUACAAACAUCUGUAUCAGAAGGAGAAGAUGGUAGUCCUGUUAUACAAGGAGGGGUAUCAUUAGCCUUCAAUUUUGGUAGUGAUAAUGAAACUUCAUGGUCUCCAAGUAGCUGGGCUCUUCAUUCUGUCAGAGGAACUCCUCAAGACUCUUUUCAGGUUGAACUGAUAAACACGGAUGCAGAGGACAUGAUUGAUCUAAGAUACAUUAUGAGCCUCACCGAAGACACCUUAAGCUCACAACUUGUAGUCUCAAACAGAAAAUCUUCAUCGAUCCAAUUUAUGGGUUCGCUUAUAAGUAAUUUGACAGUAAGCACACCAGAAGCAACUUAUGCAUAUGGGUUAGAGGCAUCAAAUUUCUUUAACCGACCUAUAUUAUUAUCAAAUUUCAGCAUAGUUCCUCCUGAACUUAGCAAAGAACGCCAGUAUGGUUUUGGAAGACCAAGGGAUAAUGCGGGGCUCAAAGAUUUUUUUUCUGGUUGGGGUACAAAAAAUAAGAAAUCCGGCGAGGGAAAAGACGGGCAAAUAAUAGAAAAUGAAGAAGAAAUGGAGGGUGAAGAGACUGACAACUAUAAAAAUUUAACUGAGAAAAUGAGCAGGAUUUACACCAGUGCACCACGGGAUUUCACAAUCAUUGACAGGGGUAGAAGAAACUCAGUUGUGAUAGGAAGGAAUGGGUUCGAUGAACUGUACAUGUUUAGUCCUGGCUCAAACAAUGACAGCUAUGGCAUGUAUUCUUAUAUAUGUGUAGGAUCAUCAGCAAUGCUUAAACCAAUAAUUUUGAGUCCAGGAGAAGUGUGGACAGGUGGACAGCAUUUGCAUAACCCUAAUUUAUGAUUAAUGAUUGAUGAAUCUGCUUGUAAUUUGUAUAUAGAAACUUGUGUUAAAAGAAACUUUGCUGCUCACAAGCUUGUGAUGGA